AAGUAUUCCAUCUCAGAUUGGAACCUUAAGUUCGUUGUCACUCUUGUUGGAUCUUAGUCAAAAUGAGCUCACUGGAAAGAUACCGUCUGAUCUCGGGAAUUUGAACAAACUGGAAAGCUUGAAUUUGUCUCAUAACAAGCUUUCUGGUUCAAUCCCACUUUCAUUUGAAGAAAUGGUUAGCUUGACCACUGUUGAUAUUUCUUAUAAUGAAUUGAGUGGUCCUAUUCCAAAUAUGAAGGCGUUUAAAGAUGCUCCUUUUGAUGCGCUGAAGAACAACAAAGGCUUAUGUGGUGAUCACUCUGGAGGUCUUACACCAUGUAAUUCCUUGGUUACAAAUACAAGAUAAGUGGCAAAAUCUAAACUUGUAGUAAUCGUCCUAGUUCCUCUGUUUGGUUCAUUGUUUCUUUUGUUUGUAGUUCUCGCUAUUCUUUUUGGCUUUCGAAAAAGACUAGGUAGAAAUGGCAAGCAGUUGGAUCAAACUAAAGCCAAGGAUACCAGGAAGAAUUUAUUCUCAAUAUGGAAUUUUGAUGGGAAACUAGUCUUUGAAGAUAUAAUUGAAGCAACGGAAGAUUUUGACACCAAAUACUGCAUUAGAACGGGAGGGUAUGGAACUGUUUACAAAGCAGAGCUACCAACAAGCCAGGUCGUUGCUGUGAAGAAACUGCACUCAUCAGACGAAGAUUCGGAAAUAUUUGAUCUGAAAUCUUUCGAAAGUGAAGUUCAUGCAUUGACGGAAAUUCGGCAUCGGAACAUCGUGAAGCUCUUCGGGUUCUGUUCUAGUCCAGAACGACAAAUCUCAUUUUUGGUUUACGAGUUUGUAGAGAGGGGAAGCUUGAAAAUGAUUUUACGUGACGGGGAACAAGCAGUGAAGUUUGAUUGGAUAAACAGGAUAAGGUUCAUCAAGGGAACAGCUAAUGCUCUUGCAUACAUGCACCAUGAUUGCGUACCAGAGCUAGUUCAUAGGGACAUAUCUAGCAACAACGUUUUGUUGGAUGCUGAUUACGAAGCUCGAGUUUCUGAUUUUGGUACUGCUAGGAUGUUGAAGCCGGAUUCAUCCAACUGGACUUCACUAGCUGGAACAUAUGGAUAUGUUGUUGCUCCAGAGCUCGCAUACACAAUGAAGGUAACAGAAAAAUGUGAUGUUUAUAGCUUUGGUAUUGUCUUGUUAGAAGUGCUAAUGGGGAGGUAUCCAUCUGAAAUUAUCAUGCUACUCUCUCCUAUUCUCAUCGAGACGUCGUCUUCUACUUCAAGUACCGUGGGGGAAAAUAUAAGGUUGCAAGACAUUUUAGACCCAUGCAUUGGAGCACCAACGGAUGUUCUAAAAAAAGAAAUAAUGCACUUUACGAAGGUUGGAUUUUCAUGCAUAUGUGGUGAUCCAUGUACUCGGCCAACUAUGCAAGAAGUGUCGACCGAGCUCUCAGUAUCAUCUCGGAGUAGGCCAUCUUUUGGGAAGCCCUUUGAAACCAUUACAAUGGGAGACAUACUGCUAAUGGGGGAUUCCUAAGAAUGAUGUGCAACUAAAUCAUCCAGAUUCCAGACAUCCACUUCACUUGUUUCUUCUAUUAUUACUAGUAUAGC